CUACACGGGUGAACGGAUCCCAUGCAUAACCUUGUGUUGCAUAACCAUGCAUAAUCCAAUCUCAAUCCGUCACAUCAGUGCCCCUUUUUUUCUUAUAAAAAGCCUUUAAUUUUCUCCCUUAAUCUUUAACGGACGAUUUCUCACUCGUUUUAAGUCAGAAUUUAAUUUUUUUGCAUAGUUAGAUCAGAUUAAUUGUGCUCUUCAAAAUGAUAUCCACUUUGAUAUAUUUUUGGAACAAAAAAAAUUGAGUCAUAUUUUACCAGUCUAUACCAUAUGGUAUGGACUAGUAUUAAAUAAGAGCAUAUCAUAUGCUAUGAAAGAUACCAGCCCAUAACAUGUUGGUAUAGUAUGGUAUGGAGUUGGUAACGAGAGGUAUGAAAAAAUUUCACCCAGAAAUUUUUGGAUCCAAUAGAUCAUAUGAUUAAAUCAUUCCUUCUGUACAAAAAUUUCCGAAAACGACUUACAAACGAAGGAGAUACCAUUAGGUAUAGAGUUGGUAACGAGAGGUAUGAAAAUAUUUUUUCUAAAAAAAAAUAUUGAAAAUGGAUCUCAUUUUGCAGAGCACAACGAACUCAUUCAAUCGAUGUAAAACAAAACUGAGUUAGAAUGAAGAAGAUAUGAUCCGAUUAAGAAAAAUAGAAAAAAUAAAAUACCUUUAAUUCACAACCCUUAGAUCUACAAGCUAGUUAAGAGAAAGAUUUCAAAUUUGAUUACACAUGUUAAACACUCAAAAGAUUAUGCACCGUUGAAUGAAAUUAAAGUUUGAUUGAUAUAUCACACGCAUGUUUUGACAGGGGUGAAAUUAGAAAGGACUAAGAAAUAUAAACAACUUAAUAAGUGAAAAUAUAAUAUUGUAUUACCAGAUAUAAUAACCUUGGUCGGGAGUGGAUGAGGUGCAUAACCUUGUGGUUAAUAAUGAUGGCGGACCCAGAAUUGUUGAAGAGUGUCGCUUAAUGAACGAGUAUCAACUAUAAUUAUUAAAGUGGUGUCAGAAAUCUCGUAUUGAAAUUUUUUGUACCAAAAAAAUAUAGGUUCUUCGGUGCCUUCUAUGGUACCCCGGGUGAAAUCCGGGGUACCGCAUACCUUGAGUAUGAAAACGCUAUCUAGACCUCGAAUUAGCAUGAUUUUUGGGCAUGAUACUAUACUCUAACCCUUAAUGAGUGAACCCUUGGUCCUAAUUAUAAACUAUAAACCUUAAGAUGGUGCAUUGAUUUUUUUGCUUAUAUUUGGACGAAUCAUAACCAUUGAUUAUUGUUUCUAAUUAAAUUGAUCUUGGGGUAUAAGAUUUAGAGAAUUAAGACCUAGAUGUUGAUCUUUAAGGGUUAGAGCAUAGUAUCAUGUCCGAAAGAUUAGUCAAUUCAAGUUCUAGAUAGCGUUUUCUAACUCAAGGUAUGCGGUACCCCGGAUUUUACCCUGGGUACCAUAGAACUCCCCUCGGUUCUUCACAAAAUUUUCGGGCGAAGGUGUGUCGGACGACACCCCUUAGCAACACGUAGGUCCACCUCUAGUUAAUAACUAUGUAUAAUCCAACCACAAUGCACUACAUUAACACCCCUCUCUCUUUUAUGGAAACACUUUAAUCUUUUCCCUUUUAAUUUUUAACGGACGAUUUCACUCUCGUUUUAAGUCAGAAUUAAAUAAAAAUUCCACAGAUAAAUCAGAUUAAUUGUACUCUUCAAAAUGAUGUUCACUUUGAUUUUUUUUAAACAAAAAAAUUGAGACAUUUAGUACCAGUCUAUACCAUAGCGGUACUACUUGGUACUACAUAAGAUCAUAUAUAUUACGUGGUACGAAAGUGUAAUAUGGUGGUAUGAACAUAACAUAUGUAGGAUGGUUGAAAUACAUGGUAGUAGGAAUAUACGAACUUUCAUCAUUGUGUACCACUGAUUAUAAUCAAGAAUAUAAGAGUCGAUUAAGAAAAUUAGAAAAAAUAAAAAGCCUUUAAAUCUCACCCCUCAGACCUGAAUUUUUUGACCCACUCAAAUUCAAAAUUCCUAUCCUCGACCACCUUGGUCAUACAGAUACUCAUACAAAGGAAUAUAAUUCAUAAAAAAAGGAAUAUGACGACAUUUAUGUUUUUCACAUAUAUAAAACUUGGAUAUACUUGAAUCUCAAUUUUAGUAAGCAUCUAUAUAUAAACAAAAUGAAAUGAUGCAUGCAUGCAUCUCAUCUGCUCCAGCGCCAACCCAUAAUUGAAAAGAUUGCAAAACUUUAGGCCAUUCCUCAAUUAACCCUAUCUAUUUAUUGGUAUUCUGCUCACUGUCUAGGCUCUAGCAACUACUUCAGCUCCCUCUCUCUCACUAUGCCUAACGAGAAUAAAUCUGUAUCACCACCUGGUGACGGAGCCAUUAGUGUCCGUCAUUAUAUGAACGCUCCUUUAGACAAUAUUAGAGAAGAUCCUUCUGAGGAUGAAGAUCUUGGAAAAUCAGAUGCUCUUGUUGGUGUGGUUGUCAAUGAUGCUCCUCCAAAGGAUGUUGGUAACAUUUCUUCCCGGGCCAAUCAAGACGUCGUCGUUGAUGAUAAGCAAAGGCAUGAAGACCCUAAGUCUGAGCAGGUAUAAUAUUACCAUUUUGUGCUUCUCUUUAAUAUGUUUUAUUAUCUUAUUUUCUAUCCAAAUAAAACUAACCAAGCAAACAACAAAUUAUUUUUCAACCAACAAAAUAUUUUUUGGUAGGAGGCAUGCAUAACACAAAAAAAAAAAAAAUGUUAACUUUCUUUACAAAUUGUAACGGCUCAAAAUUAAAUCAUUUUGGAAUCACACAUAGCCUAUAAUUGAAACUAGUCUCCAAAAUAGUAACAACUAUUUUUCUAGAAAAUCAUUUCAUGUAUUAUUGAAAAAUAACUGGAAAGUGUUAUUGUAAUUAAUUGGACAUAAUUGG